GCUAAUUUCGACUAGGCUAUGUUCCGAUAGUGAGCUGUUAUUAGAAGGCUGCUCAGACUAUUGAUUGAAUGCUUUGAAUGGUUUAUAAUUUCUUCCCUCAAAAUCAGUUCAGACCCACACCGAUUCAAUGGUACACAUUUCAUUAUAAUAAUGAUGUAAUCAUCCAUAUUCCAGAUGUUUUCAUUAGUCAUUCACUAAUGUUCCAUGCCCAAUACUCCUAUUGGAUGAUGCAAACUGCUUUGGAACCCCUUGGACUUGGAGCAUUGGAGAUAGAUUCAAUCAAGCUUCAACUCACAACAUUCUACUUACGUUUUCCCUAUGCCUGAUUCAAUAGCACUAGGGCCUAAGAAAGUGAGUGACUGAGCCGCGCAUAUAGAUCUAGGCCUAUAGCAGUAGAAACUAAAAACAAUGGCAGAAGCCGCAGAAACAGACCUUGUUAUAUACCAGCGAGGAGAGGAAAGUGAAAAUGAUGCUUGGGAUGACAGUGCAUUGAUCAAGGCCUAUGAUGAAGCUGUUUCUGCAAUGAAGGCUAAACUUGCAGAGCAGAAUCCUGAAUUCUCAGCGUUGUGUGGAAAUUCCAAAAGCAAAAAGAAGAAGAAAAACAGAGGGAAACAUAAAAAGAAAAAUCUUUCCUCUGGUGUUUGGAAGGCUGGAGACCGCUGCCAAGCUGUCUACACAGAGGAUGGUGAAGUCUAUGAGGCCAGAAUUUUGUCCAUCAAUCAAGACAAGGGCACUUGCACAGUACAAUAUAUUGGGUAUGGAAAUGAGGAAGAGCAACAGCUGACAGAUCUCCUGCCUGCUGGCAGUCUGGCCUCGUCUCAGAGAACUGACACAGCCAGUGAAACAGAGAGCAUUAAUCAAGAGCCUGUGGCCCACAGAGAACCUUCCACAGAAAAGCCAAAGAGUAGAAAGACAACAACAAGAAGUGGCAAAAGGCCCCCUAAACCUGGAGUUCCUCACUACCCAUGGAACGGACAGCUCCCCCCUCCCCCUGCCUUUGGCCAGAUGCCUCCACCUCCCCCGUUUCCUCAGUUCCAGCCGCCACCAUUCCCUGGCUACCCCCCAGCAGGCCCUAGCCCUCCAGUACCGCCUCCUCCGGCUUUCCCAAGUUUUCCACCUCCACCACCAUUGUUUUCACAAGAAGGACCAGGGGAUGAAAAUGAAGCAAUGUACAGUAUGUUGAUGUCAUGGUACAUGAGCGGUUACCACACAGGGUAUUAUCAGGGCCUGAAACAAAUGUCAGGAAGUGCAUCCGGGGCAUCAGCGCUUGGAAGUCAUAGAUGAUAGAAUUAUCAUCUACUCACUACCCGUGCCUGUGUUCAUGUCUGUGGUUGAAUGGUGCCUGUGCGUGCUCAAUGUGUUAGGGAGACUUGUUUUCAUUGUGAUUAAUUAGCCAUGCUCUUUGCCAUAAUCAAUGUUUUCAGAUGUGGCAGUAUGAAAGAAAUAAAACUGGAAAAUGUACA